AUGUUACCUUGCCUUACCCAGUUUCUACUUCUGAUUCCUAACUCUCUCUUACCUGUUGCAACAAUAAUAUUUGCAAGCGGCUUCUUUCCAUAUAAACCUCACCUACCUGGCUUUGCUAACAAUGAACCUUGGAAAAAUGGAUCAUCCCCUGAAGCUCCGUUUGACAAAAUCAUAUUUAUGGUCGUAGACGCUCUCCGAAGUGAUUUUGUUUAUGGAGAAUCAUCUGGCUUCAGUUUCACACAAAGUCUCAUCUCAUCUGGAUCAGCCAUUCCAUUUACGGCGCAUGCUAAACCACCGACCAUAACAAUGCCAAGGAUUAAGGCAUUAUCAACCGGAUCACUACCGUCAUUUAUCGACGUAAUACUCAACUUUGCUGAGUCGGAAUCGUCAAGCUUGUUCUCACAGGAUACAUGGCUCACACAAAUGAAAUCCAAAGGAACAGGAAAACUUUUAAUGUAUGGUGAUGACACCUGGCUUAAGCUAUUUCCCGGGACUUUUGAUCGAAUGGAUGGGACCUCCAGCUUCUUUGUUUCCGAUUUCACAGAAGUAGAUACCAAUGUAACGCGUCACAUCCCUCGAGAGUUAAGAAAUAGAGACUGGAAUACAAUGGUACUACACUUUCUUGGACUUGACCAUAUCGGUCAUAAAUCUGGUCCUCAGAGCCUGAAUAUGAUACCAAAGCAGAAUGAGAUGGAUGGUAUAGUGAAGCAGAUAUACGAUGCUUUAUCAAAAUUUGAUCAUCUACAGUCGACCCUACUAGUUCUUUUGGGUGAUCACGGGAUGAAUGAUGCUGGCAACCAUGGAGGAUCUUCCUCUGGAGAGACUUCUCCAGCUUUAGUCUUUAUAUCUCCAAAAUUAAGAUCUAUCAGCACCAAGCUCGAAGCUCCUUCUCUACGUUGCGAUGAUUUCCGCUAUUACUCCGUUGUUGACCAAACCGAUAUUGCCCCUACAUUAGGGGCUCUUCUUGGAUUUCCAAUUCCUAAAAACAGCCUAGGAGUUUUUAUUCCUGGGUUUUUAUCGUUUUGGUCCGAUGAACAAGAUAGGAUUCAGAUCUUACUAAGUAACGCUAAGCAAAUUGUCGCACUUGUUUCUGCAAAGUUUAUUACACUCGAUUCUGAUACAAAUAAUGACCAGUGUAAUCUUAGUAAAGAUGUAGUGGAAGAACUUUUCUGUCGGUGGAAAACCAUCGUAAGAAAUACUCCCAAAAAAGGUGCCGAAAUCAAACUCAUCCAGAGAUGGAAAAAUGAUAUUACUGAAUGGCUAAAACAGGCACAAGAACUUCUUAGUGCCUCUAGCAGUAAUUAUAAUGUUUUAAAACUCGGAGUUGGACUGGCUGUCAUAAUAUUAGCCAUGGGAAUAUCUAUUGCUGUGGCAAUAUUACUGAUUGGGGAAGGUUUGAGAGCCUACUUUUUUCUUUUUAUAAUAACAUUGCUUCAUGGAACAAUGAUGUUCGCUAGUAGCUACGUCGAAGAAGAGCAAAAUUUUUGGCACUGGAUAACCAAUGCCUGGUUGCUGCUUCUUUGGAUGAAACGUAGCGUAAGACAAGGCCUUGUCACGCAUCAUUCAAUUCAGUUUUUGCUUAUAUUACUCGCUGUAAGAAUUGCAAGGCGUUGGAACCAGACGGGUCAAAAGUUUGCCGGUGAACCAGAUAUUGCCAACAAUUUCUUCCCAGGUCAUUGUACAACUUUGUGGUGCCUUGUAGGAAUCGCCUAUUUCUGGAACCUUUGGAACAUUAAAAGGCUAUGUUUUCCUCAAUUACCACCAUUUCUAGCUAGCAUUUUUGCAACUACCCUUUCAGCUUGCGCAGUUAACUUUAAGAUUGUAUUCACACGGGAAGCUGCCCCAGAGAUUCUUAAUCAUACCCUAAGAGCAAUUGCAAAUAGUGGCGUUGGGCUAUCCUUGGUUGCCCAAGCUAGGAUCCUGUUUACUCUCUUGGGUAUAGCGCUUUCUUUAUCAAUAUAUUACAACUUAAAGUUCAAUAAUCACGAAAAUCGAGUCGCACAUUCAAUUCAUCACCUUCUAACAUUGUUUCUCUACACCCAAGCACGAGUAGAGAACAUUCCACUCUUGAUGGUUUUUGAAAUCAUACUCGUCCUAAUGAGUGGGCAGCAUCUAAAUCCGGCUGAAAUUACUACGACCUCCCUUGUUUUACAGCAUAUGUCAUUCUUUUCUCUCGGUGGAUCGAACGCAAUAUCGUCGAUCGAUCUCUCAAAUGCAUAUAAUGGUCUAAGGGACUAUAAUAUAAUCUCUGUUGGCAUACUUACAUUUAUCAGCAACUGGGCCGGACCAAUCUUCUGGACUUCAGGUACCAGUCUGAUUCUUCUUCGUUCGCAACAAACAGCUGCAGAUAAUCUGUGGGCUGGUCACAUAACUCUAAUUACAUUGUGUACUACAAGUAGUUUGGCCUUUGUUAUGUUGGCAUGCACUCAGUUACGCUCACACUUGUUUAUUUGGACUGUCUUCUCCCCCAAAUUGCUUUACAGCAUAGCAUGGAGCUUGGGUCAGCAUCUGCUUAUCAACGUAGGAUAUGGAGGUACAAUUUUUAAAAUAGGGAGGAGAUCUAUCGCUAUCUAG